UCGGUGCAUUUCUUCUCUGCUUUGGAUGCUUCUCUGCUCUCAUCGGGUCUCGAGCUCAUCUCUCUCUCUCUCUCUCUCUCUCUCUCUCUCUCUCUCUCUCUCUCCUUGAUGUUUUCUUUCUUAAAGCAUGAAGAGGGUGGGGGUUACUUGGGAAGGCUUUUCUACGCGGAGAGGUUCAUCCUUUUCGGGUCGUCGUUUUCAAACGCAACAUAACCAUAUUAGUAUUACCGGUAGUAGUCUGUUUUCUGUGCUUUGCUGAGAUAAAUAUUGGUCUCUGUUUCUCACAGUUUCCAUGUCAGAACCGUUGUUUUCCUGUCAUUUUGUAUUUUUUCACGACAAGUAAACGUAUCAGAAGAAGAAAGAAAGAAAUUUGUUGAAUUUUAGAAGAAGAAAGAAUUUCUCUUCUUCUAAAAUUGCCAUUUUCAAUUGCUGAUUUUGUUGCCUUAUGAGCCUUGGAGAUUUCGGAACUGCGAGAUUUUGUUUACAGUUCCUUAUGUCCAGUCUUUUGAGCCUUUAAUGGGCCAGUAGUAGGAGUUGCUAAUUCGGGAUUUGGUGUGGUGGGGUUUUCAUACUUUGGGGCGAGGAUCAGUUUUGGCCGAGAAUACUUGGGAAAUCAGCGACGCUACGCCACCCAUUUUGGUGAUUAUUUUCUGGCAGCUUUGUGGUUGAACUAGAUAGCAUAAACUCUACUUUGCUGUUGCACACAUCGAGCAAAAUGGGCUGUGUUGCGUCAAGGAUUGAUAAGGAUGAGAGGGUGCAGAUUUGCAAGGAGAGGAAGAAGCUAAUGAAACAGUUGGUUGGGUUUAGGGGAGAAUUUGCGGAUGCCCUAUUGGCUUACUUGAGAGCAUUGAAGAAUACUGGAGUGACCCUUCGCCAAUUCACAGAGUCAGAGUCACUGGAACUUGAAAAUACCUCCUAUGGCCUGACAUUGCCUCCCUCACCACCUCCGCCAUUGCCUCCUCCUCCCCCUCCUUUUAGCCCUGAUUCAAUAAAGAAUGAAGAAAAUAAUUGGAAGGGAAAAGUUCUCCAAAAAGAAAGCAUAGAAAUUGAAGAGGAUGAUAGUUCUACUCCAUCUGGUUCACCAUCUCUUCCAACCCAGGAAUCAUGGCCCUAUUGGGACCCUUUUGGGUCUUCUUCACAACAGCAUCAUCUCAAGAAGAGUGAUGUGGUGGAACUAGUUGAGGAUGAAAAGUGGGCCGAGACUAAGACAGAAUUUGACGAAGAAGAUCAGAAAGAGGGAGUUGAUGUGAAGAUUAUUAUGAAUCCACUUCUUGACAAGCCACAGCCUGUAGAACUGCUUGAUGAUAAUUCAUCAACAAUGAGCUGCUGCACUAAGGACACUGCAGAUAUCGCCAUGGUGGUAAGGAGGAGCAAGAAGACCUUGGAGGGUAUUGUGAGUGAGUUAGAUGAUUAUUUUCUUAAAGCUUCAGCUGCCGGAAAGGAAAUAGCUGUUCUUGUAGACAUUAAUGGAGCAGACAACUUCCUAUCGCAGGGCUUCAAAGAAAAUGAUAGGAAGAACUCUGCGAAGGUCUUUAGUGCAUUGUCUUGGAGUUGGUCUUCCAAAUCUCUUCAGGCAACCAAAGAGGCGGUUGAGCUUUGUGGCUCUAGUGAACCAUGCAGGCCUGGAGCUCAUUGCAUCACACUUAAAAAACUUCAUGCUGCAGAACAGAGACUUUACAAGGAAAUGAAGGAGGAAGAAAUUACCAAAUUGGAACAUCAGAGGAAGUCUGUCAUGCUACAGAAACAAGAGGAUGAGAAUCAUGACUGGACCAAGACUGAGAAAACUCGAUUGAGUGUUGAGAGUUUGGAGGCUGACAUGGUACGUCUGCAACAAUCAAUUAGUAGGAUCUGUUCAUCUAUAUUGGAGCUUAUAGAUGAGGAGCUGUACCCUCAGCUGGUAGCAUUGACUUCUGGGUUGAUGCAAAUGUGGAAAACAAUGUAUGAGUGUCAUCAGGUUCAGAGAGAUAUCUCCAAGCAGUUGAAUCAUCUGCAUGAUAACGCAAUCACAGACUUCAGUACAGAUUACCAUCGCCAGGCAACAGCUCAGCUUGAAGCUGAAAUCUCUUACUGGUUUAACAGCUUCUGCAAACUCGUAAAGUCUCAAAGAGAGUAUGUAAGAACCCUCUGCAGGUGGAUUCAACUCACUGAACACGUCACAGAUGGCCAUCAGCGCAGUGGUUACUCAUCUGUAGUCCACAGCCUCUGCAAAGUUUGGCAGGUUGCCCUUGACAAGUUACCUGAUAAGGUAGCCUCAGAGGCCAUUAAAAGCCUCCUGUCUGCCAUCCACUCUGUACUCCUGCAACAGGUGGAGGAGUACAAACUGCAGAAGAAAUAUGAAAAACUUGAAAGAAGAGUGCAAAAGGAGUCUGAUUCGCUACUCGAAUUGGAGAAAAAACUUGAGGGAAGCUUUGCUGAUGAAAAUACAGCCUCCAAUUUGAGCCCUAAGCAUCCGCUAUCCCUGAAGCGCACCAAAACUGAAGCGUUAAAGAAGCAAAAAAACAUUGAGGAGGCCAAAUAUCUUAACGCAGUCCAUGUUACAAGGGCCAUGACUUUAAAGAACUUGAAAACAAGCCUUCCUGUAGUAUUCCAGGCAUUGAUGGCAUUCUCACGUGAUUCUGUUCAGGCUAUGGAAGGCUGUUCACAACCACGUGAAACUGGAAGUUAGCUGUGAUGUUGCAUCACAAAACUCAACAAACUGAAUACUUUUCAGAUUAUAAUAUGAAGUGAAAAGACCUUGUUCCUGGACUAUUCAGUCAAAUCACAGCAAAAUUCCGUUUAUAGUAGUAGCAGACAUGAUUGCCGUCUUCACAACACAGGAAGAAUGCUGGGAUACUGUCUGCCUUACAAUGAGAUAUUGGUUUUUCUGCACGAGGAUUCUGAUGUAAUUGCGCCAUGUACGUGGGUGUUUGCAUUUACGUGGAGAUGAAAGACCUCUAUUCAUUGCUUUCAGCUUCUUUGCAUUUGAAAACACGUCAUCUUAUUCUCCAUUUUUGUUGGAGUAAGGACAAGAGAAAAGACUAGAGUUUGGAACUCUCUACCUGAGUGUGAUUUUCUAGUUUUUGUUAGGAGGACGUGGGAUCAAACGCAAGGGAUGCACAGAGACGUCUCAAGAUAGUUUGAACGGAGUCUGAAACAUAAAUUGAAACUUUUUUUUGAUAUUGAAAAGAUGCUUUAAUUGAAAUUGAAAGCUUUUCUGAAUAA